AUGGCGGCGACGACGACUGUCGAAGUCCCGCAGGAACCGGCCACUUGCCUCCGGCGCCUCCAGGACCUCGCCGUCUCAUAUCUUUCGAAACCCACUCCCUCCUCGAAACCCUCAUACCCGCCCAUCUCAAGCAUCCCCCGGACUUCCGAUGCCCGUCUCGCCGCAGCCGCCCCGGAUGCGGACCCCUCCGCCGAAAAGACCGUCCUCUACCUCGCCUACGGCUCCAACCUCUGCGCCGAAACCUUCCUAGGGACCCGAGGCAUCCGUCCCGUGUCCCAGGUAAACGUCUCCGCGCCCUCUCUCUCCCUCGUCUUCGACCUCCCUGGCGUUCCCUACCGCGAGCCCUGCUUCGCCAACACCGCCCCGCGAAAGGUCCCAGAACUCCCGAACCCGGGAAACCCCCCCAAGCUGCCCCCCAUCGCACCGCCCCUGCCACCCCCCGCCACCGGCAAGAAAGCGGAAGAAGGCACGCCGACCCCGGACAACCUGGGCUGGUCAAAGGGUCUCUACGGCGUAGUCUACGAAGUGACGACCAGCGACUACGCAACCAUUGUCGCGACCGAAGGCGGCGGCUCAUCCUACACCGACAUCUUCGUCCCCUGCAUCCCCCUCCCGCCGCGCGUGUCCGUCCCUGAAAAGCCGCCAAUCGACAUCCCUCGCCCCUUUCUCGCACACACCCUCUACUCCCCCGCCAUCCCAGACGCCCCGCCAGACGACGACGACGAGGACGACGACGACAACGACGACACAAAGAAACCCAAACCCCCGACCGACCCGCGCAAGGAGUGGUACUACCGCUUCAUCAAGCGCCCGCGCCGUCCGGACCCGGAGUACGCCCAGCCCUCGGCGCGUUACCUAAAGCUCAUCACCGACGGCGCCGCGGAGCACGAGCUGCCCGACGACUACCAGCGCUGGCUGAACAGCCUGCAGCCCUACACCGUCACGACGUGGGGACAGCGGGUGGCGCAGUUUCUGCUGACGCUCGUCUUUUUGCCUUUUCUCCUCUUCUUCCUGUUCCUGAGCAAGAUCCUGGCCGGCAAGGACGGCAAGUUACCUCUGUGGCUCGCCGUUUCGAUGGGCGUUUUGUUCAAUGUCAUUUGGAUGGCCUACGAUUACGUGCUCAAGCCUGUCUUUGGCGACGGCGAGAGGACGGAGGAAGACAAGGAGGACGUCUUACGUUUGUCUAGACCGUGGAUCGGCGCUCUUGGGACGGACGCGGAGAAGAAUAGGUUGUUGAGCGAUUGGUGA